CACAAACGGUGCAGGAGUGUUUCUGUGACAAACUGAAAGUAACGGAGGCACAAUUUGAUUAAAUGCGCUGGUUUGGUUUUGGUUUCAACGCUUUUGGACAAAUACGUGUCCAAGAGGGAUUAGUAAAAGACGAGAAUAGUGAGGCUGUAAAAGAAGUCAAAGUGAGUGAACCGACGGAGCUGAGCUGUCAUGCAGACAGAAGAGGCUGCUGCAGGAAACCUGCUCAAGUCAGGGCGAGCUGGAGUCGAACAGCCUGUUUGCAUUUCGAUGGAGACAGCCGUGUGAGUCUGGCAGGUUUCGGUGCGUCCAUCUCCAACCAGUGUUGUGAAAGCGGCGGCUGCACGGAUGCAUUCAUCACUGAAUCACACCUCACACUCGCUUUCCCGGACAGGGUGGAAUCCUGGGAUCUGCAGAAGAAGGAUAAAACUCCAUGGAGCAUGGAGGUGCCCUCUCAGGCAGGCAGCUCUGCUGUGAAUUUGCCCUUGGUUCCUGGCGGUUAUGUAGCCUUAAAACUGCCUUUCUUCCGCACGUUGUCACCUCAACUCCAAGCCAAGAGCCUGGCACUGGGUGGGGAACAUGCCACCCUUCUUACUGCCACUGGGGCUGUCUACACCUGGGGUCAGGGCAGCCACGGUCAGUUAGGGCAUGGAGGACUCGUCUCUGAGGAGGAACCCAGGACAGUGGAGGCUCUCUGGGGGAUGCCCAUGAGCUCUGUGGCUGCAGGAGGAUGGCACACCGUCUGCAUUAGUGAUGCCGGUGACCUGUAUGUGUGGGGCUGGAAUGAGAGCGGCCAGCUUGGACUUCCUUCACGAGGUCUAAGAAAAGCUUCGCAACAAAAAAGUUGUCAGCAAGGAGAACUGCAUCCCGAUGCCAGCACAUCUAUUUGCAAGGAGCAACAAGAGGGGGAGAAACUUGAAGAGGUGUUCAUUUCAAUCCAGGCGUUCCCAGCUCUGCUGGAUGUUAGUCCAUCCUGUGAAAUUAGGACAGUCAGCUGUGGCUCACGGCACACUGCUGCAGUAACAACCACAGGUGACCUCUACACUUGGGGAUGGGGUGAAUAUGGCCAACUAGGACACCAAACAUCUGUCAGUUCGGAUGAACCUCAGCUCGUGGAGUUUUUCAGGGAAAAGCAGAUGCAGGUUGUUGACGUGGUGUGUGGGCCGUGGAACACUUUCACUGCAAUUCUCGAGGAGGACGUCCUUGGACUUAAAAAUACCACAAAAUCCCCCACAUGAACAUCAACGGUUAACUUUGGUCAGGGUAUCAGGAAGUACAAAUUAUGCCAACAAAUACUUUGACAUAUGGAAUUUAAAAUAUUUUGUAUAUUAAAAACACAUU